CAUAGCUAAAUGUUCUGCACCAUAUCAGCCUCAGGAGGUGAUUGAGGGAUGAAGAGAUGCUGAGUUCUGGUUCUUUAGGCUCCAACGGGUCUGCGGUUCCUCCUGAUCCAUUCAUACAGCAGCACCAGGACCAACUGCCUGUGUUCGUCCUCACUGACAUGUUCAGCCUGGGAUUCCAGUCUUCCUUCUCACGUCUGUAUCUUUAGAAGAGGUUUUGGUUCCAGGGACGGUGAAGAAUCGGGUUGAGGGUUUGAAAAAGACCCGGGUUGAUAGCAGCUCACCGCGGCUGCGUAGUGUCCGUCUCUAGGCAACAGCGUCGGUCCGAAGCGUUCAGGGGGCCUUUAGCUCCCACCACGACAAUUUAGCUGACCUUCAUGUUUCCUGUUUUAUUUAGUCAUUAUUGUUUUAUUAGUGCUGAUGAUGGGCGAGUCUAUCGGACAUUUAUAGAAAUACGGAACAAAUCGUCCCGUAUCGCCUCAAUACGGGACGCAACAGUUAACAGUCAAAUACGGGACGGGUAGCAGCCCUACUCUGGGUUGUGGUUAGAACCCAAAAACAGUUAGAGCCAGAACCAGAGUCAAGCAGCGACAGGCGGGAAUAAAACCGGAAGCGCCGACAUCGACUCCGACUAAGCCCCGCCCCCUGCUCGGUUCUCUCCAGCGGCCGAAAGCUUCAGUAAAUCAGAAUUAACGCCAUUAAUCUGAACAUAUUGUGAAUUUGGUAACCUUCUAUGCAACAAUGUUUGAUUCCUCUGACGUCAUAAUGAUCCGGUUCAUUCAGUGCUGCAGUUCCAAACCAGUGAACGGUUCUUUCCGAUCCUCUCUCCGUCCGUGAACGCCUCGCAGACAAUGCGCGGUCUGGCGUUCAUUAGACCUGAUUGAAGUCACCUGGAGGCGCGCGCGACCGCUUUAGCGGAAGUCACUGAGGUCAGGAACUGUUCCGUGCACGUGGAGCGCGGUUCGGUUCGGCGGGAUGCAGAAAGGCCUGAAGAAGUACUUUGUGAACAUGGACGAGUACCUGUCCAGUCUGGGUCUGUACCGGAAGAUGGUCGCGCGGGACGCGUCCAGCCUGUUCCGGGCCGUUUCCGAGCAGCUCUACUUCUCCCAGAACUACCAUCAGAAGAUCCGACUGGACUGCGCGAGCUUCAUGCGCUCCAACAGGUGCAACUUUGAGCCGUUUGUGGAGGGUUCCUUUGAGAAGUACCUGGAGCGCCUGGAGGAUCCCAAGGAGACGGUGGGUCAGGUGGAGAUCAAGGCUCUGUCUCAGCUCUACAGGCGGUGUUUCCUGAUCUACCGUUACCCCGGGAAACCGGCCACCAUCAUCUCAGAGAACGACUUUGUGGACAAGGUAACCCUGUGCUGCUCCAUCAACGGUCACUAUGACAUCAUCUAUGGGCGGAGCUACCCAGCCUCAGCAGCGCUGUGCCAGUCUCUGCUCUACGAGCUGCUCUACACUCAGGUGUUCGGCGUGGAGGGGGCGGAGCUCUGGCAGGCCAUGGAGGCCUUCAGGGCCGGAGGUCGUCGCUAUAGAAACAGCCUGUCUGUGUGCAGCGACGUUGACGUGGGCUACGACGCACCUGAGGAUCGGGUGCACAGGGACGAGGCGGAGGCGGGUGGAGCAGCAGAGGAGACCAAGCCACCUGCUGAGGCUCCGCCCACCUCCAGACUCUGUUUGCCCUACAAGGUCCUGAAGUCUCUGGACGGCGACGUCUACAGGAACCUGGAGUUUGACGUGUGGCAGGACACCUGCAAAGAGAUGCAGAAGACGGACUACAUGGUGUUCGCGGGUCGACAGUACUUCCUGGGAGACAAGUGCCAGGUCCGUCUGGAACCCAAAGGGAAAUUCUACAACGCCUUCAUCCAGGAAGUGGGAACCCACUCGGCGGCCGUCACCGUGUUCAUCGAGGAGCUGGGAGAGAAACACCUGGUUCCGCUGACGGAUCUGAAACCAGUCAACCCAGUUCCUGCCUGGAACGUGGCGGCGCCGGCCAGGAAAGGAGAUCCAGACCCAGAGUCUCGAGGUCAGCGUCAUCACCGCCAUCGUUACUUCAGGAAGUCCCGCGGUAGCAGCGGGUCGAAGGGGACGGAGCUACUGAUGCCGCCGCCCAUCUCCUAUGGAGGCCCCGCCCCCUCGCCCCUCCCUCCCCGCUUCCAACCCGCGGGUCACCCUCGCCCACCCCUCCCCCCGUCACCAGGGGCCCUGACCUACGACCCUUACGCCCCCCCACACCACCACACCCCUGCAGCAAGAGCCCCACGCUACGGCGUGUCAAGUCCUACUCGGUUCCUGAACCGUCAGCUGAUUGGUCCACAUCUGACCUAUUACCACCCAGGCAGACGAUAUUACCAGGACUACGAGAACUACGCCUUCCGGUCCCGCCGCAGUCGGCGCCACCUGCUGGCCGUCAGUAAGGAAUGUCAGUACGGGUUUCCCGCCGAGGCGGUGGAGGAAGCGGCCGACCACGACCCGCCCAUGACCUUCUACGAGCUGGAGGACGCCGGCGACGCCAUCUUCCCCGCCCUGCAGGGCCCUGCUGUGGCUCCGCCCAUCCGGGGCCCCUCACCGUCCUCAGGCUCCUCCUACCGGGUGCAGCGGCCCGCGGUGGGCCGUCCACCAGCCUCCCCGCCCGGCGCCACGCCUGCCUGCUCCUCAGAGGACGACCAGGCGGACACCAGCACCGUGGAGGACCAGGCCGAGUACGCGGAGGAGUACGUGUUCGGCGCCCAGGAUCAGAGCUACCAGAUGCCAGGCGUCUACACAGCCGAUGAGCCCAGCGCCACUCAGGACAAACAGGAAAGGGGUCAGACCAACUCUCCAAGCAGAUCAGACAUAACCUACAGCUACACUCCACAGGUAAGCACACCUGCUUCUGCCCCCUGCUGGUUGGUUCAUCCUCCAAACCCUCUGAGGAGCCUGUACCCCUCCUGGCCUGUGGGGGCGCUGCACCAGGAAACGACACGAAAACCUCUGAAGACACUGGACCCCCCUCCCUUCCCUGAGAGCGGCCGGGCCCAGCAGCCACCCUCCUCCUACCCAGAAUCCUCCAGGGCAUCGGACGUCCAGGCGGAGGCCCAGCCCAGCGGUCGGUACCGGCGCCAGCUUCUGACGGUAGGAACUCAAUAA